UCUGCAACAAAACUUUUCAUAUUUCUGAUAAAUGGCAACUAAGAGUCUCUAACUGGAGCAUGAGAAGACAAAAACAGUGUGCAAAGGAAACCAUUAAUGGAAGCAACAAGCAUCCCUGCCUCGCUUCCACAAGACUAACAGUAUUUGAAGAGGUCAAAACUGACAAAGAUGGAAUGACAUGCCGAGUUAACCCCUGAUACCUCUCCCCCUCUACCUCUCCACGCUCCCCCACUUCCCCUCAUACGACCUCCCUCCCUCCCUCCCCUCCAGCCCCACCCAUCAACCAUUAAGGUUGUUUUCUUGCAGGGAAAAAGAUGGCCACCGGAGGUCAGAUCCAAGUCCAAAAUAAAUUGCCUUCUUUCCUGAGGCUCAGCCAUUUUAAUAGUACAGAUUUAUUGUGCUGUGCUUUUUGGAGGGUGAUCAUAUGUAUGUGGUCAGUAGCGCGUAUGCAGUCUAUGACCCAGCCUCCCUCUCACGUUACACCCUAUUUAUAACAUCCCCUCCGCCGGCUCCCGUCGUUCUGCAGUUCCUAGGAACCUCCUUCUGCUCCCAGCCUCGAGCUCCAGUCCCCUUUUCCUCCUGACAUCUGAGAGGCUCUGCUGCAGCUUGUCCUGGGCUAACUGUUUAUCCUGUACAGCCUGGCAACUGGCCGCAUGCUCCGGAUUACCACAGGACACCCAUUUCAAAACUCAUUUUGCUUUCUGUUCUGACUAUUUGAUUUUUCUAACUUAAGGGAGAAGUUUUGGGAUAGUCGAGGAGAAAAGAGAAGCAUCUUGGAUAUGUGCUUGUGAUCUUUUUUGUUUUUUUCGGUCGAUUUAGUAACUUCACCCCCUUUCACUUGCCCUUCUCACCUUUACUGGAGGGCCGUGUGUGUUUGCACAUGAUGGAUCACACACUGUUCGGCUGCCUGCGGAGCCCCCACGCCCCAGCACAGGCCCUGCAUCCCGCCUUCACCCAGUCUCCCCUGACUCUUCACGGACGCUCGGACCACGUCUCCUACCCAGACCUGGCCUCUUCCUCGUCCUCCUCCUCCACGUCCUCGCCUUCGCCCUGUAUCAUCUCCAGCUACCCGGGUGAUGACAGCCUGUUUCCCGGGCAGCACCACCACCACCCCCACCGCGGCCACCUGCCUUCCCAGCAGCAUCACCAUCCACCUCAACACCACGCAUCUUGGCAUAUCCCACAGAUGCCGUCACCUGGCAGCAGUACGCGCCACAGCCUCUGCCACCCGCACUCCCACUCCCACUCAUCCCAUGACAAUGGGCCCACACCUCCUGACCGGAGCCACCCUAUGUGUGCCAGCACCCCCAGUCUGGGCGGCAGCAGCACCCCUACAGGGGCCUCCUGUGUGCCUGCAGACUUUGGCAGACAGACGCUGUCACCUGCUGAGGCCGAGAAGAGAAACGGCAAGAGGAAAAGUGACAGUUCAGAGUCCCAAGAUGGGAAUUACAAGUCAGAUGUGAGCAGCAAGCCCAGGAAGGAGAGGACGGCGUUCACCAAGGAGCAAAUCCGAGAGCUGGAGGCCGAGUUUGCCCACCACAACUACCUAACCAGACUAAGGCGCUACGAGAUCGCCGUCAACCUCGACCUCACUGAAAGACAAGUGAAGGUGUGGUUCCAGAACAGGAGGAUGAAGUGGAAAAGAGUUAAAGGCGGCCAGCAGGGGGCAGCAGCUCGAGAGAAAGAACUGGUGAAUGUGAAAAAGGGGACUUUGCUGCCGUCAGAGUUCUCUGGCAUCGCAGCGCUCCACCAUUCGACGGACUCCUUAGCCAAUGAGGACAGUCAUGACAGCGACCAGAGCUCCGAGCACGCUCACUUAUGAUGCACACACAUCCGUCCCCGCCUCCCUCAUGAGUUUAGGCCCUGCCUCUGCCUCAGGACCGUCCUUAGAAGGACUGCUGUUUGCUGAUUCGCCAUCGUCAUACAACGAUGCUAAAUAAGUGUACAAAUGUACAGAUGAAUGACGUAUGUUAGAAAAUGAAUUCAUCGUGUAAGCAAAAUGUAAAUUUUGAAGAACUGAGCACAUAAAAGAAGAUGGUGAACUAUUUCAAAGAGCCAUUGGUUAAAAUUUCCUUGACAAAUGCCAAAAAAAGAGAAUAUUGUAACUUUUCAAAUGCGAUGUGUCUUGGUUAUAGAAGAUUACUGAAUAUUACAAUACAGUUUGAAAAUCAUAUUUAGUAAAACUGUUGUUAACAUUCCAUGUUGCGUGUUUAGAGAGCAGCAGGCUAAGGCUUGGGCUUGCACUGUUAAACAUACAGUCUGCACCUCGAUCAGUUUCUACCGUAUAAAAGUGUAAAUUACGAUGUAAUUGAGUUUUUGAUCAAAUCAAGUGCCAGGAAAUCAAAUUUGCCUCGCUAAUAUAAAUGAUCUGUAAAUAAUUCUCAGUAUUGUCUUACCUUAACAAUAAUUCUAUACCCAGACUAUUCAGCUCACGCACUAAUAAACACUGACAGCUGUUUAGCUGACACUUUUCUGCCUAGAGAUUACAUUUUUCAAACAAAUCUGAAACCUGAAAUAAGUAUUUUAUUAAACCUUUUCAGGGACACUUGCAAAUUGAAUAAAACUUAACCAGUGGUAAAUGGAA